CCGCUCUGACAGGCUGAGCGGUUGACAACACUGGGUGAGCGCAGCUGUAGCUGGGUACUCUGCGAGCGAUGGAGAGGGCAGGUUCGGCUGCGUGGAUGAAAUAUGGGCCGGUUGUGUCCUUGUUUGUAGUGUUUUUGGCUGUCUGGUUCCGGGCACCCUAUGAUGAAAUGCUGGACGACCGGCUGGACACGGUCCUGUCCUCUUUGCUGCGGGCCGAACGCAAAGUCGGGAGGAGCAGCGUCGCUAGACCGAAAGUAGCCAUUGGAUUUGGAGGCUGUGUUGACCUGAUAGUGGACGGCGUAUCACUAUUAAAAAAGAUUGGUCUCCCUCCCACAGACCAGCCCCUUCAUCAUGACUACAUACAAAGUGCAGAUCAGCUUGCUGAGAGCUUUGCUUACUUCUUUGCACCAGGAGCUGCCGCAGAGCGCUUUAUGUUAAAUGACACCCUCUUUAGUGAGCUGGUUGAGGCGUCCCGUGACUUACCUGGGAACAGAUGGUCAGUAGGCGGUAAUGCUCCAGCAAUGGCUGGUCGCAUGGCAACUGAAGGAUGUGAUGUGUUACUAGGGGGCAGUUUCAGCACUGAUUUUACUGAUGUCCUGUCCCAGCACAUUACAGUGGCAGGGAACACAGUGGAAGAACCAGAUAUCCAUUUGAUCCUUGAGUAUCCGUCUGGAGCUAGCUGGGGGCGCUAUACAUCUCGUAGAGCAAACAGGUACAUCAUUCACAGUGAUGACCAUAACCCCUACCUGGCCUCCAUGGAGGAGUUUGCUCAGAAACUCAUAGACUUCAAACCAGACCUGUUGGUGGUCGGCGGGUUGCAAAUGAUGGAUAACUUCCCCUUCCAGACAGGUGAGCGUGAAGCUCUCCUCUCCCGCCUGGCCUACCUCCUGACCUCGUCGUCUCCUCACAUUGGUGUGCAUUUUGAGAUGGCCAGUUUUGUGGAAGAAAGUUUAAUGAAAGACCUGCUUCACUAUGUCGUCCCUUACGCGGACUCAUUAGGAAUGAAUGAACAGGAGCUUCCUAACCUGCUCAGCCUUCUUAAAGGCUCCAACAUCACAGUGUUGUCAGAUCCCAACCCUCGUGUAGCUACUGUCCUGGACCAGAUGAGGGAGGUCUAUCGCAUUAUGAACCAGCGUCACAGCGAUGCCAGUGCCCCUGAAGCUUCGGGGAGGAAGCCACUCACAAGGCUCCAUGUUCACACUCUGGCCUUUCAAGCUAUGAUUGUGACACGUGGUUCUCAGUGGAAAAACACCAUGUCAGCCACAGCCAAGGCCUCCCUCACAGCUAACCGCCAUGUCUGUGGCUCGAAUGACAUUAACCCCACCAAGGCCAGGCUGAUCAUGGAUGACUCCUUCUCCGUUAGCCGGCAGGAGGGCAGCCAGCGUAUCCCCCUGCAGGAAUCCAGACCGGUCAGCUGCUGGGAGGAGGAGAACUACGAGAUCUGUGUGGCACCGGUGCUGGUGUGCACCGAGGUCUAUCAAACUGCAGGUGGAGGGGACAACAUCUCAGCUGCUGGCCUGGUGCUGCAGAUCUAAACCGACACUAAAUGUUCUGUCUAUGUGAAGGGAGCUGUUGGCAAACAAUGUGAUUGGAAACUUGAGCUAGUUGUGAUACAGGCUAGACAGACUGUCUAGCGAUCACAGGAGUCAGAUGAUGGGUAUAUUCGUCAUUUAUUUUUCAUUGUAGAUUAACUGGUCUGGCGCUACUGUGAAUUUAGUGAAAAACCAGUAUCCUUGUUGUCAUUCUUGUUAAUUGGGUCUGGAACCACAUUACUGAAAAUGAUUCUUUCCAUUAGGUUUCAUUAGAUGAAUUACCUUAAAUUAUGUAUUUUCAGUGCCUUUGCCUGAGUGCAACACCCCCCGACCCAAGAAAUCCAAACACUGCCUACCUUAAAGUAUGUAUCCCAUCAUGUGACUCUAGUGAUUCUGAAGGCCUGACUUCCUCCACUCCUCCAGGUCAGGAUGAGAUAAAGAGGGAUAAGGUUUCUUCACAACGUGUGAUUUUUAAAAUUGUGACUUUUCUAUGCAGCAGUUGUCUCCAAUAUUGUAUAAUUAGAGACAUUUCUGGAUCUUGGCUUUAUUGGUAUAUUUGUUUCUUGGUAUAAUGUUUCUUAGUAUGUAACAACUACAGAUCCAAUCAGUAAACAAGCCUUUGACCGUUCUUGCCUUGCACCAAAUGCAGUUUCAGAAAAGGCCUGAAACUUGUGUCUUCUAUUAGAAAAGGAUUUAGGUUUGAACAGCGAUUCUUCUGUGUGUGUUUGUGUGCGUCUACUGGUUCUGAUGUGUAUGAUUUGUUUUUAGACUCCUGUGUGUCUGUUGUAGUGCAAAAAUGCAAAAAAUGUUGAGACCAUUGCUGGUAGCAGGAUAUGAUGUCAGAAAUUUGCUCUACCUCCCCUGCUCUUUUAACUUCAUCUUCCGUUGUCAAAGGACCAAAUAAGUUAAAGGUGUGUCCUCUUUUCACAUGACCUUUUUUCCUGAAGGAGAGGUCUGGCAACAUGAUGCGGGUCUGACUGGAAGCUAAUAGACGUGAAUCUUCUUUAUCAGCAGAGCAUUGAAACAUGAAUGUGAAUGAUGUUAACUCUUACUUCUGUCACUGCUUGGAAUCAACAUUCCACCACAGACCAAACUUCUCUCCAUUCACUAUGAAGUAUGUAUCACAAUCACCUCAGAUUCAAAGCAGAGUAUUGUUUUUGUGCAAAUAAUUAAAUUGUGUUUGUUUUUUAAAAGUUGCUUCAAGAUAAUCUUUAAGUAUAGUUUGUUACAAUGAGGUCAAGGAAAAAAGCUCAAUGGUGAUGGAACCCUUUAAGUCUUAUCUGUGUAUCAAGGCUGGACUGAAUGCAUUUGAUUAUGCUGAAGGCAAAAGAGCCUCGUUCUGUUGGGAUGCUUGUUCAGUGAAAGGGAAUGUCUGUUGGACACUCGUUGCUGUAGGGUUGUGCUUUUCGUCUCGUGGUUACUGCAAGCUGAGAGAAACGGGUCAUGUUUUUUACUGUGAAUUAAACCUUCUCAUGUACUUGUGCUCAUAUGGAGAACCGCAUGUGUUCUGUCAUCCAUGUUCCAAAGCUGUGCUCAACUCUUCCAUCCAUGUCAACACUUCAAUCACUUUAGAUAAACUAUGUUGAUAAUGUCA